AAAAGCGACUCAAGUCUUUCAAAAAAAUUCCACAACUAAACACAUUUUUUUCUGCUCAGUAUUGAUUCUUACUUUGUCUGCUUCGGUUGCUGAAACAAGACUCGUUUUAUAAAAGAAAAAAAAGUUUACAACACAUCGUGGCUGUGUCUAAAAAUAGAAAUUCAUAAAAUAAAUUUUCGGCGUUCGCAACAAAAGAAAAGAAGUUUUUAUCCAAAUUAUUAAUCAUGUCGCAAGCUAAAGUUCUGUCUACCUUAUUAAGAAUUCAAAGUCGUGGAAUAACAACAACACCAAAGGCUCUUGGUCACUACAAUAUUGAAGCUUUACCGCCAAAAUCCCGUGAAAUAAUCAAAAGAGAAAUGAAAGUCACAUGCAAUAAUUAUUCAGCAUUGCCGGCUGUUUUGUGCAAAGGCGAAGGCGUGUAUCUAUAUGAUGUGGACGGAAAGAAAUAUUUUGAUUAUUUGAGCGGCUAUUCAAGUGUUAAUCAAGGUCAUUGUCAUCCAAAAAUUGUUGAGGCUUUAAUCAAACAAGUCACGGUUCUUCAUCAUACGUCGCGUGCUUUCCAUAGCGACUUACUCGUUGAAUAUGCUGAAUAUGUGACUAAACUCUUUGGAUAUGAUGCAAUGCUGCCAAUGAACACUGGUGUUGAAGCUGCCGAGUCAUCUGUCAAAAUUGCCCGUAAAUGGGGCUACAAAGUCAAAAAAAUUCCAGCAAAUCAAGCGAAAAUAAUUUUCUGUGAAAACAACUUUUGGGGACGUUCAAUUGCAGCCGUUUCAGCCUCGACAGAUCCAACAGCUUAUGACAAUUAUGGACCAUUUGUGCCUGGUUUCGUCAACAUUCCAUACGACAACAUUGAAAGACUUGAAGCUGAAUUAAAGGAUCCAAAUGUUUGUGCAUUUAUGGCUGAGCCAAUUCAAGGUGAAGCUGGUGUUGUGGUUCCUAGUGAUGGAUAUUUGAAAAAGGUCAGAGAACUGUGUACUAAGUAUAAUGUGCUCUAUAUAGCUGAUGAGAUUCAGACUGGACUUGGAAGGACUGGAAGAAGACUUUGUGUUGAUCAUGAGAAUGUCAGACCUGACAUGGUGGUUCUUGGUAAAGCAUUGAGUGGUGGUGUGUAUCCAAUUUCUGCUGUCUUAGCUGAUCGUCAUAUUAUGGAUGUGAUUGAAGCAGGAACACAUGGAUCAACAUAUGGUGGAAAUCCACUAGCAGCUAAAGUAGCAAUUGCAGCUCUAGAAGUCCUUGAAGGUGAAAAACUCUCAGAAAAUGCCGAAAAAAUGGGACAAAUUCUACGCAAGGGACUCAGCGAACUAGACAAAGACAUUGUCAUAUCACACAGAGGUAAAGGACUUCUUAAUGCCAUUGAAAUCAACAACAACCGCGUCGAUGCCUUCGACUUGUGUCUAAAAUUAAAAGAAAAUGGAUUAUUGUCUAAGCCAACACACGAUAACGUUUUGAGACUUGCGCCACCGCUAAUUAUCACCGAGUCGCAAAUUUACGAAUCUCUCGAGAUUAUCAGAAAGACUUUAAAGGAGGUUUAAUUUAAUUCCUUUGUUUACUACAAGUGCUGAGCAAUAAAAGUGCAUUUUUUUUAUCUUAAUUAACGUUUUUGGCUUUUUUUGUUGUCAAUUGCAAUGCUGCUACGUGGCGGGUGGUGUGAUAAACACAUUAAAUUACAAACACUUGUUUUCAGUUUGAUAAGAGAAACUACUGCGAGAUAAGAACUGAGUUUUGAGAUAGAAAAACAAACAUUCUGCGACAUUCUAUUCGGCAACAUUAACUGAUUAUGUUUGUUUUUGUCUUUAAUAGAUUUAGAUAAACAGAUGAUAAAAAGAGGUGUGUGAUGAUAAUUUUAAAUAGCCUCGUG